GCCCUGACGUCACCGCGCGCGGACCCCGGAAGUGGAGCCGGCAGGGGGCGGGCGGACCCGCGCGCGGCACUAGGCCUGGAGCGGCCGCGCGCUCCCCGUGACGGCGCCGCGCGCGCCCCGCUCCGCCGGCGACGGCGCCAGCGCCAGAUUGUCCUUUGAAUAUUAAUCUACAUUUACCUCAGUGUUUUAAGGUUUGUUGAUAGUUUGGAUAAAUGAUGGCUCAACUCCAGCAGGGAGGUCCAGAUGAAAAAGAGAAGACUACUGCAUUAAAGGAUUUAUUGUCUAGAAUAGACUUGGAUGAACUAAUGAAAAAAGAUGAGCCACCACUUGAAUUUCCUGAUACUUUGGAAGGAUUUGAGUACAUUUUUAAUGAAAAAGGACAAUUAAGGCACAUUAAAACUGGGGAGCCAUUUGUUUUUAAUUAUCGUGAAGAUUUGCAUAGAUGGAACCAAAAGCGCUAUGAAGCUCUUGGAGAGAUCAUUACUAAAUAUAUUUAUGAACUACUAGAGAACGAAUGCCACUUGAAGAAAGUAACUCUUCCAGUUGAUGCAAUUGAGACUGAACCAAAGAGCUUUAUCUUCAUGAGUGAAGAUGCAUUAGUAAAUCCUGACAAGCUGCUGGUCCUAAUUCAUGGUAAUGGUGUUGUCAGAGCUGGUCAGUGGGCAAGGAGACUCAUAAUUAAUGAAGAUCUGGACAGUGGAACACAGAUACCGUACAUAAAGAGAGCUAUUGAGGAAGGCUAUGGAGUAAUAGUUCUGAAUCCCAAUGAGAACUAUAUUGAAGUUGAGAAGACAAAAGCCCAAAUACAGCUGUCUUCUGAUAUCUCAGAUGAACCUGCAGAAAAGAGAGAAAGAAAAGAUAAAAUACAGAAGGAAACAAAGAAGCGACGUGACUUCUAUGAAAAGUAUCGAAAUCCACAAAAAGAAAAAGAAACUAUGCAGAUCUAUAUUAGAGAUAAUGGCUCUCCUGAAGAACAUGCGAUUUAUGUUUGGGACCAUUUUAUUUCCCAGUCAGCUGCAGAGAAUGUGUUUUUUGUUGCUCACAGUUAUGGUGGACUUGCCUUUGUAGAGUUGAUGAUUCAACGAGAGGCAGAAGUAAAGAAUAGGGUAACUGCUGUGGCGUUGACAGACUCAGUUCACAAUGUGUGGCAUCAAGAAGUUGGGAAAACUAUUCGAGAGUGGAUGCGAGAGAACUGCUGUAACUGGGUAUCCAGCUCCGAGCCCCUGGACACAUCAGUGGAGUCCAUGCUGCCAGACUGUCCCCGUGUCUCUGCAGGUACAGAACGCCAUGAACUAACUUCUUGGAAGAGUUUUCCAUCUGUUUUCAAGUUCUUCAGUGAGGCUGUAAAGGCGAAGAACAGCUUGGUGAAACCAACCCCAACACGGCGCUCCAACAGGAUAAAAUACGAAGAAUUCUAAAGGAGGGGAGGAAAAAACCCACCACCACCAAUGUCUUUGCUGCUUGUUUUCUGCAAGGAGUCUCCCAGCCCCUCAUUAGAUUAUUUUCUUCCUAGAGCACAGGGUCGUGAUGUAUACAUCUAAAUAGCGUUUUGCAUUAUUUCUAGAUGAGUGCAACUGUCAAAGCAAUAUGGGUUCACUGGUUGUGCUUCCUGUGGGCUGUAACUUGGAUUUUGUGCUGCCCAUCAGUGUGCAGAUUAAGGCUGACAGUGGUACUGCACAGUGCAGCAUGGUGCAGCUCUAAUUGCCCUGACAUAGCCCUGCACCAAGCUGAUGCCAGAAUUUAACAGCUUCAUCACAGUCCUAUCGCCUGCAGGAUUUUUUGCAGCUUCCUUCUAUUUUGAGACAGAACAGAAUAUGAAUUACUCUUUUUUAAAAGAUGGCCCUAACUCAAACGUGUUAACCAGCCUAUGAUUUUAUACCUAGUAGCCUUCUCUUUCUCUGGGACCAAGCGGAAUUUACUUCUAACUCUCUCAUUUUUCUGCUGGCAAGAGUGUCCAAGAAGUUUGCCCAGAAUUCUAGAAAAGGCUUCAUUGUUGAAGAGAUUUUCUCUUGCUAGAUCAAUGGUAUUAUCUGUAGAUCUUCUCUUCCUUUGGAAAGCUCUACUUAAAAGAAAUGCCUAUUCAUUAGCAGGCUGGAUCAUACUGUGAAAUGUGACAGGAAAAAAAAAAAAAAAGGAAAAAAAAAAGAGACAUACUGCAUAUUUUUUCUGUUUAUUUUUAAACACAAAAAUGCUUCCAUUUUCAUAUGCUAGGUUUUUAAUGACUUGCUGUCCCAUGGUUAUUCCCUUUUUCCUAAACUCGCAGGUUCCUCCCCACUUUCCUGGUCUCUUGGACAAAGGUUGGCCAGCAGGGCACCCUGUGUUGGAAUUUCACACUCUGCAUACGGGGUAACUGUAGCUGUAACUGUUGUGUUAGGCAGGUUUUUUCCACUAAAACUAAGGGAAAAGAUGUGCUUGAUAGCAUGCCCGGUGAUCAAGCACUGUAAUUAAGCUCCUUUGGUGUUCAUAAGACUAAAUUAAAAUGGCCCUUUCUUUAAUGGUCAUACCCACCAGCAAGGAGGUGCCACUCAAACAUGA